GAGGGUCUGCAUCCCCUCAGGGCGGCCCCUGAGAUGGUGUCGAUGCUGAAACGCAACUCGUGCGGCAAAGCGCUGGAGAUCGCCCGGCAGGCACGAGACAUGCUGGGGGGCAACGGGGUGUGUGAUGAGUACCACGUCAUCCGGCACCUGAUGAACCUGGAGGCCGUCAACACCUACGAAGGCACCCACGACAUCCACGCGUUGAUUCUGGGCCGGGCCAUCACCGGGAUUCAGGCGUUCACAGCUGGCAAGCAGACGGAGCGGCGUGGGUAGGGCUUAGGAUGGGGGGCACCGAUGGAUUUUUGGGAUGGCAGGUGCUGCCCUGAUGGAGGACUCUGGCUGCACGGAAGGGGACAGUGCCACACCGACAGGCCGUGGUGUCACUGCAUGGACGCAUGGCAGCCUGGUUCAGCGCCGCAGUGCCUUCACCGCGCACACAAUAAAGGGUGGAAAUGCCACACCUGCCUGCUCGGCAGUGCCAGGCUCCUCGGCGCUGCGGCUCGGGGGCUGCAUCACCAAGACAAGGGCUGAGCUCUGCCAUGUGCUGUCAGUGCCAAUGCCACACAUUCAGCCAUUCAA